AUGAACAGACUCACCAACGCCUUCUCCUCUGCUAUACCCAGCUCGGGAUCAGACGCCUCUUCUAUCAACCUUCGAGAACGCGAUAAGGAAUCGCCUCGAGUGUCAUCACCUCUUGAUCCAUCAUUCAGUCUUACAUCAAAUCCACAUAGAUCAUCACAUUCCGAACGAGAUCGUAGGCAUAUAGUCCAAAAUCUAAUUUAUGAUGAUCCCCGUUCAAUAUAUCACCUAUCAUCUUCAUUCUCCAAUCCAUCAUCAUCUGGAUUCGCAAGUAAUCUUGGUUUAUUAUCAGCUGGAAUCAGUCGACCUGGAAGACCUGGAUUACUGAGACACAUGACGGAUGAUGGAUCUGGUAGAUAUGGAAGUCAAGUUUCAACUCCCAGAGUAAGGAGUGAUAGUAGGAGUAGAGAAAGGGAUAGAGGCGUAAGAGUCAACUUGAUGAGUACAGGUGCCUUGGGUGGUAAAAGAGGUUGGGGAAUGAAUAGCGCUACUGGAAAUACUAGAUUAAACGCUAUGGCUCAAGGUAUAGAAGGGAAAUAUGCUAUUGGUGGUGGUCAAUAUCUGAGAGUCAUGAAGAUACAAGAUCCAUCUUCAGGAUCAACUACUCCUAUUUUCGCAUCUGAUGAAACGAAAGAUCGCCAUACUUUGGCCAAAGGAAAUGGAGGUGUAACCAUUUCUGAAGUUGUGAAUCUAUGGAAACCGAGUUGGCCAGUGGGAAAAGGAGUCAAUGAUAUCGAUUGGGGUAUGGGAGCAUUUGAGAAUAGAAUAGCGACUGCGACACCAAGUGGAAACCUGAUGCUCUUUGACAUAGAAAAGGGCAAGCUUGAAAAGGACAUCUCAAGUGGUACCUUUAGACCUAUGAAUUGCGUUAGACUAUGUCCCUCUUCAAGCCAUGGUCAUUUAGCUUUAACAGGUGGCACUGAAGGUGGCGUGAGGUUCUGGGAUUUACGUGAACGCGACCCAUCCAAUCGAAAAGCCUUGAAACAUUCUUCACCUGUUACAGCUAUCACUUUCUGUCCUACGGAUGCUUAUCAGUUCGUCACUGGGCUCGAAGAUGGUUCAAUACGAAGAUACGAUUUUAGGUCGCCAUCGAGGAGUAUAGGGAAAGCAUUCGGUGCCCAUGGUAGCAAGAGCGUGUUGGAUCUAAAGUGGAAAGAAGGGGAUGAGGAGAACGGUGAUGGCGUGAGAGGCGGUGGAUGGUUGGCUAGUGCUGGAGCUGACAAAAUGGUUCAAAUCUGGGACAUGGGUCAACAAUGGGACAAGCCCCCCGUACCUGUUCACUCCCUUCAUACCUCUUACCCUGUACGACGAGUAGCUUGGCGUCCUGAUCAUCCAACGGAACUCGUGGUCGUCCCUCUGAUACAGCCUCUCACCUCUUCGGAUCCGACCCUCACCCCAAAUCAUAGCUCCGUUACACUGUCUUCCGAUUCCGAUAGUUCCCAUUUAGCAGCAGAUGAGAAUGCUCAUCUGGAAAUAUGGCAUGUAAGACGCCAUUACGUUGCAAAAUAUUCGAUACCUACCCAGGACGGGGCGGCCGUCGACGUGGCUUGGGCAAACGGGGAUGGUAAUCUGGUUGCUUGUUUCCAGAAUGGCGGCUUUGCCCAAAUGGAAGUGAAAGGAAAGUUAGGCGUAGGCAGUUUACCGCUGCCACUUGACCAAGUGCCGAGGCAAGUGGUGGGGUGGAGUCCUAGAGGGGAGAUGGUAUAUGCUCUCGAUAGAUUCAAAUUGGGAGAAAUACCUUUUGAUGACGUUAAAGCAGAAUAUCUUAGUCAUUGGGAUAAAUUAGGUCGACCUGCAACAUCAAUAUCUGAUCCAGCUUAUGAGCCAUUACAAACCCUAGGGUUCCUUCCAUUACCGGAUACAGAUGAAAAUGAAUUUUCGUAUCUUGCGAAUUGGUAUUGCAUUGAAGGUGAUACGCCUGAAAGAUUGUGUAGAUGGAAUGGUGAUGUCGCCUUAUCUUGCAGUCGAGAUGAUGAUGCUAGAUUAUGGGCUUUCUUGAAAGAACUGAUAGAGGAAUUUGAAGCUUCACCAUUACUAGAAGGAGAACCAGGAUUCAAGGAAGAUAUAUUCAGUGGUACAAUCGACAGUACAGCUCGACUACAUACCCCACCGAAGCUUUCACCUAGACAUGGAACUCCCGAUCCAACACCGAAAUUCAAUGCUCCAUAUCCUUCACCUACAGCCAUACCAUUAAUGCGAGUCGGCUCGUCGUACUUAAAUGCAGAUGUAGAAGUUCUUACAGAAUCUUCUGCAUCCUCUUCCUCAGGUUCAUACUCUGACUCUGAAUCAGAUGAAUCUUCUCAUCAACCUAAAUCAAGAUUUUUGGCUUUUGCUCCGCCUGAUACUCUAUCUCGAAGACUAAGUGAUGCUCUUGCAAGAAGAGAAUCAACAUCAACAGUGAAACAUCAAUCAAGUCCAAGUACUACCAAAAAGGAUAAAGGGCGUUCAUCUGGAUCCGGAUCUUCCGAAGAAGGUUCGCCUCCAUCACAAUCCGAAGAUAAAGUCACUUCUCUGAGUACAACAACGAGUAAGAAAAGUAGUUUAUCGAAAAUGACCGCAAGUAGGAUGAUGGCAAUGUCAGAUUGGCCUGAUCCGUAUGGUAUUGAAGCUGAACCAACAUCGACCGGAUUAACCUCAAGGACUAGCACGAGCACAAGAGCUAGUCCAACGCCGGCAGUGUUGGAAGCUGGAGGAGGUAGUAAACCAUUAAGAGCAAGUCCUUUACCUAUGACUUCACUAAGAAAGGGAAGUACAUCAGAAAGCGGAAGUAGAAGAACAUCCAAAGAUCAGAUCGUCAAAGAAAUUUCUGUACCCAUGGCUAAAAGACCCACUAUUAUAAAAGGUGAAGAAGACAUAUUUGACCAAAAAGAUUGGUCAAUUUACAGGAAAAGGAGAAUCGACGGAUUGCUGAAAUGGUGGGAGGGUUGUAUAGAUGAUGGAGAAAUGCAGUUGGCAACGACUAUCGCGAUCGUAGGCAAUAAACUGGGGGAAUUUCCUACAAGACAGGUAGAAAGGCUAGCCCACUCAUAUAUAGAUAUGUUAGAGAGAUACCGAUUACCAAACCCAGCAUCGUACAUCCGGUUAUAUUCCGGUAUAUUAUCAUUACAAAUUGUAGCUGUAAACGAAGGUAUAACUCAUAAGCUACAUUGUCAACGAUGUGGAAAAUCUACAGGUGAAUUAGAUGAUAUAGGUGUUGAAGGAAAGAAAUUUUGGUGGUGUAAGAAAUGUAAAAUGGGUGCUAAACUUUGUUCUGUAUGCCGAAAGAUAGUUCAAGGAAUAUGGUUGGGUUGUAGGAAAUGUGGGCAUGGUGGUCAUAGUGGAUGUAUGAGAUUAUACCAUCAUCAAGCUCCGUUAUUGCCCUUCAAUUCACACCAACCAACUCAGGAGAUCUCAGAAGGUACAAUUACCAGUCUUACUCGAACUCAUACUACACUAUCAGCUACAGAACAAGGUGACGAAUAUGAUGCAGUCACAGUGCCGCGUCGAGGAGGCUGGAGUGUUUGUCCAACUGGGUGUGGAUGUAGAUGUAGAAGAAUAGAACAUUGA